AUGGGAUCCACAAAGCCGUCAACGGCCUUCAUUGGCCUGGGGGCCAUGGGCUUCGGAAUGGCUACCAACCUCAUCCGCGAGGGAUACCCGGUCACAGGUUUCGACGUGUGGGCACCGACGCUAGAGAAGUUCAAGCAGGCAGGAGGUCUCACGGCGACCAGUCCAGCGGAAGCUGUUGCAGGGAAGAAGUUCUGCGUCUGCAUGGUUGCAACGGCAGAGCAAGCACAGAGCAUCAUCUUCGAAGGCGAUGCCGCGUUGGUGAAGGCCCUCCCACAAGAAGCCGUCCUGCUUCUGUGCUCAACAGUGCCUUGCGGAUAUGUGCAAGGUCUGGAGAAGGAGCUGGUCGAGAAGGGUCGCGGCGACAUCUUCCUCGUCGACAGUCCUGUAUCGGGAGGCGCUGCUAGGGCAGCGGCGGGCACGCUCUCGAUAAUGGCAGGCGGCCCAGAAGAGUCCAUCAGCAGAGGCCUGCAUCUCCUUCAGGCCAUGUCGGACCCCGAGAAGCUGUACAUCGUCAAGGGCGGGAUCGGGGCAGGAAGCAACAUGAAGAUGUGCCACCAGGUCCUCGCCGCCAACCAGAUUCUCUCCGCGAGCGAGGCGAUGGGUUUCGCGAGCCACCUGGGCCUCGACCUCCCCAGCACCGGCGAGCACAUCGUCAAGUCGGAGGGAUGGAGCUGGAUGCACGAGAACCGACUGCCGCGAAUCCUCGACCCCGAGUUCAAACCCAUUGCGAGUGCCGUCACGAUUAUCCUCAAGGACACGAGCAUCAUCACCUCAGAAGCGCGACGAGCUGGAUUCCCGACACCGAUGACGAGUACUGCAGAGCAAGCUUAUUUCACGGCGCUGGGAAGAGGAUGGGGCCCGGACGACGAUGCUGCGUUGCUGCGCUUGUAUAUCGAGGGCAAGGGGAAGAUCGGACCAGUCAAGCCGACUGUGAAGACGGAUGAGGCCAAGCUGAAGCUCGUCGUCAACCUCCUCCGUGGAAUCCACCUCUGCGCAGCAGCUGAGGCCCUCGCAUUCGCGCACUUCGUCGGCUUGGACCUGGAGCAGGUCUUUGAGCUGUGCACCAACGCAGCCGGCGGAAGUAAGAUGCUCUCCAGCGAAGGUAGACACAUCCUAGACGCGUUCAAGAACGGCAGCGCCGGCCAGGGUUGGGCGGCUUCAGACGGUCAAGCCGCGCUGCAGACAGUAGCGCAAGAGCUGCAGGAAGCCGUCGACGAAGCGCAACGGCUCAAGCUGCCUCUGUUCCUGGGCGCGGAGGCGCUCAACCUGAUCCGCAUCAGGCUGCAGAGCGCCGGAGAAAAGGCCGGCAGUCUGGCGCUGGGGUCUGUCGUCAGUGGUUGGACCGCAUGA